AUGUUGCCUGUGAGUCGCCUUCCGCUGGCUCGGACGACGCUCCUACGAUCACACCUCCGCCAAGCCCGACCCAAUGGCUUCAGCAGGAUCGCGGCCAUAUCACAACCUCGCAUUGCGCGUCUGAGCAGCAUAAGCAGAAGGCCGCUACCAUCGCAGCUACAAUGCCAUCUACGACAAUCACGGGUGCAGUCGCGCUUCGCCUCGACAAGCCCUACCGACACGAUCCAACCUAAACCGCGAUCACGAUUCUUCCACUACAUCCAGCGAUCCCUCGUCUUCUUCUCUCUCACCAUCAUAGUCGGUGGCACUCUGGUCGCCGCCUUUUUCGUCUACGAUGCCUACACCUACCGUGAGGACCCGGACUCCUUCGACAUCCCCGUCUCCGAGUACGCGUUGACGCCUCGACGCGGUGGGCCCAAGAAUCUACCCAUUGCAGAGUACUUUGUCUCGGACGACGAGCCAGAGUUUAGGGAUCAAAAGCACAAGCCAAAGCUGGUGAUAUUGGGAACGGGAUGGGCGAGUGUGGGGUUGCUGAAGCAAUUGACGCCGGGCGAGUACCAUGUCACGAUGGUCAGCCCGAGCAAUCACUUCUUGUUCACGCCUAUGUUGCCAAGCGCCACCGUUGGCACGCUGGAGUUCAGGAGUUUGGUUGAGCCCAUCCGACGGAUCGUAAGGAAGGCCAAAGGACAUUUCUUGAAGGCUCAAGCUGUGGAUGUGGAGUUUAGCGAGAAAUUGGUUGAGGUUCAGAGCUAUGGUCCCACAGGCGAGAAGGAGAACUUCUACAUCCCAUACGACAAGCUCAUUGUGGGCGUUGGUUCGACCACCAACCCACAUGGCGUGAAGGGACUGGAACACUGCCAUUUCCUAAAGGACAUCUCAGACGCCCGCAAGAUCCGUAAUCAAGUCAUCCGCAACCUCGAAACCGCCUGUCUCCCAACCACAUCCGACGGCGAACGCCGCCGCCUCUUAUCCUUCGUCGUCUCGGGUGGAGGACCAACAGGCGUCGAAUUCGCCGCUGAACUUUAUGACAUGCUCAACGAGGAUCUCUGCCGCUUUUACCCUCGCAUCCUACGCAAUGAAAUCUCUGUUCACGUUAUUCAGUCUAGAGGCCACAUCCUAAAUACCUACGACGAAGCCCUAUCAAAAUACGCCGAAGAACGCCUGGCCCAUGACCAAGUGGACGUGCAAACCAACAGCCGCGUCAAGGAAGUCCAAGCCGACCGCAUUCUCUACACCCAAAAGGAUUCCGAAGGCAAAACCGUAACCAAAGAACUACCAAUGGGUUUCUGCCUCUGGAGCACCGGCGUCUCCCAAACCGAUUUCAGCCAGAAACUGGCCGCGAAACUAGGAGACCACCAAACCAACCGCCACGCACUGGAGACUGACACCCAUCUUCGCCUCAACGGCGCCCCACUAGGAGACGUCUACGCCAUCGGCGACUGCAGCACCGUCCAAAACAACGUCUCCGACCACAUCACCUCCUUCCUCCGCACCCUCGCCUGGGAAAAGGGCAAGGACCCCAAUGACCUCCACAUCUCCUACACCGACUGGCGACAAGUAGCCAAACGCGUACGAUCGCGCUUCCCACAAGCGGCGGAUCAUUUGCGCCGACUCGACAAGUUAUUCGAAGCCUACGAUAGCGAUAAAUCCGGGACCCUAGAUUUCGCCGAACUAUCAGAACUUCUGAAGCAGAUCGACUCCAAACUCACCUCCCUCCCCGCCACCGCCCAGCGCGCAAAUCAACAGGGCAUGUACCUCGGCCGCAAAUUCAACAAAUUGGCUCACGCCGAGCCCGGACUGCGCGCGAAUGAGAUCUACGACGGCGAUAUCGACGACAGUGUGUACAAGGCCUUCGAGUACAAGCACAUGGGGAGUCUCGCGUACAUUGGCAACGCGGCGAUUUUCGAUUUUGGCGGGUUUAAUUUUGGAGGAGGGUUGUUGGCGGUGUAUCUGUGGAGGAGUAUUUACUUUACGCAGAGUGUUAGUUUGAGGACGCGGAUGUUGUUGGCGAUGGAUUGGAACAUGAUGAAUUACUAG